AAGAACUUCCCACUGGGUACUACUGAUGAGAAGUUGCGCGAUAUGUUCAGUGAAUUUGGGGAGAUUAAGAGCUGCUGCGUCGAGAAGAACCCUGAAGGAAAGUCUAAAGGCUUUGGUUUUGUUUGUUUCCAUGACCCAGAUCAUGCUGAACAGGCCGUCAGGGUUAUGCAUGGCAAAGAAAUAAAUGGCCGAGCCUUAUAUGCCAGCCGCGCCCAACGCAAAGAAGAACGUCAGGAAGAACUCAAACAACGCCUCGAAAAACAGCGGGCUGAGCGUCUCUCGAAAUAUGUUCCUGGGGUCAACCUGUAUGUCAAGAAUCUCGACGACAACAUCGAUGAUGAAAGACUAAAGGAAGCUUUUUCGCACUACGGUCCAAUCACUAGUGCAAAGGUGAUGACUGAUGCAAACGGGCGUUCUAAGGGUUUUGGUUUUGUCUGCUUCACACAGCCGGAACAGGCAGCUCGGGCCGUCACUGAAAUGAACGCCACUUUGGUGGGCUCCAAACCCUUGUAUGUUGCUUUAGCUCAACGCAAGGAAGACAGACGCGCGAAAUUGAUUGCCGAGCAUCAACAGCGCCUGGCUCAAUAUAGAAGUCCUGUUACACAGAUGUUGCCUGCCGCCGCUGUACACGCGGCUGCUCCGAAUCACUUCCCACCUACCGUGUUCCCGCAAGCACAGCGUUAUUACCAUCCUACGGGUGCUGUCAUAAGCUCACAACCACGAUGAAAUAGGGCAGCUGCUAUGUCGGGUGGAAUGCCGGCUCAACUUGGCGGGAUUGUCUCUGCGCGUCCGCCGAUGCCCACUCAAUGUAUUGGUGCACCAAACCCUGCAGCGGGUGUCGCAGCGAACCAAAUGGCUACAAUGGCUCAUCUACGGUCUCCGGCUGGUGUGGGUCGUCCGAUCGUACCUAAUGCAAUGUCAGCUAUGCCAACUGCCCCGCACAUGCCCGGUUCGGCUAUGAUGAACCCUGCUGCUGGACAGAGGCAAUCUGCCGGUCGACCCGGAGUUCCAAUGCAGCAGGUCAUGACUGGUCCCGCAGGUGGUAUGCCACAACGACCAUCUAUGGCUUCAGUGGUGGCUGGUGGCCCUAAUGUCCGGCCGGUUGCUCCUCAGGUUCCACGAAAUGUUAUGCAUCCCUCAAUGGGUGCGAUGCCGGGCGCUUCUGGUAACGUCCGCUUCAACCAAACUGCGAGAAACGUUUCUACACAACCCACGACGGCUCCAGGAAACAUGCCUUCGGUACUGGCUCCGUUGGGCGACCAGAGUCCAUUGACGAUAAGUGCUUUGGCACAACUCUCAGAAGAAGAUCAGAAGCGAACGCUUGGGGAGAGGUUGUUCCCUCUUGUUCAGGAGAUGUACCCAACUCUCGCACAAAAACUCACUGGUAUGCUGUUGGGCGUAGACAAUGCUGAAGUUAUCCAUUUGUUGGAAUCAAAGGAGUCCUUAAGAGCCAAGUUGGAAGAGGGUAUCAGUGUGUUGAAAACCAGUCGCAACUUACCACCGGAGUUGGCUGAAGAAGCACAUCUGUCGUCUGCUGAUGGACUGGCCAUGGGAAGUUCCCAACCGGGGCAAAACGGAGAUGGUUCGAAUGUUGUAUCGGAGCCUCCUAAACCGGAUCUGAAAGGGCAAGGACUAGCAGGAGAUGGAAUGAAGGCAGAAAUCCAGUCAAUCAGCCUCACACAACCUUAG